AUGAAUUAAAAUUAGGAGAAAAAAAACGAAAAGAAAGCUCCCUUUAUAAUUACAGCACCAAAACAGUAAUGUUCAUAACAAAAAUAGAGUGAUCUCUUCUGCUUAUCUACACAUUAGUGAUUUUGAAGAAAAACCUAGAUUCAUCGUAGAUGAGAAUGGUAAUAAAGUAUUUUAAAAACUGAAUCCUCCUCCUGAAAAAUCUAAUGUGAAAGCAGGAAAUACAGAACUUUUAAUAAGAAAGAUUCCCUAUGAGGAUGAUCCAUAUGAAAGAAAGGAGUGCAUUGCCAGAUAUGAACAAUUGUAAAAUAAAGUUAAAAUACCAUGUCCUUUUAAGUGUCCAAGGAAUCAUAAAAUCAAGGAGAAGGAAGUUCUUAAGGAGAAAACUGAUGAAUAUGGCAGAAAAGUUAUUAAAAGAAGUUUAUCAAGAUUACUGAGUGCAACGAAAAGCAAAGAAUAAACUGAGAAGCUUAAUAAAUUAAUGGUAAAAGCUGACACAUUGUUUAGGUCAAGAAAAAUUGUAAACACUGAUAAAUAAUCAUUAAAUGUUUAUGGCUUCGAUAAAGGUGUGUUUGUAAAUGUUGAUAAAUGGAAAAAUGUGUUAAAUACUUUGGAGAAAAAAGAAGAGGAAGAAUUGUAGAAAUCAAAAUUAUCGUUUCAAAAAUAGAGGAAAGAGUUGAAACAAUAGCAUAUUUUAGAAUCUACUUUAAAGAAAAAAGAGAAAGAAGUAAAAGAGUAAAAAGACAAAGAAAUCAAAGAAUAAAGAGAAUUGAAAAAUAAAUCAAUCAAAGAGUAGAAGAUUUAAAAAGAAUUAAAAUAUAAAGAAUUGCAUGAAUAAAAAGAUUAAAAAUUUAGAAAUUAUGAAUAAUUGUAAAAUACAUCUAAAAUAUCAGAAGAUCCAAGAAUAGAUUUAACUCCAAAAAAUAAAUCAAUCCUUUCACAUCAUUAAGAAAGUACAAAAAUGUUUAAACCUACUACUCCAUCCUCAUUUUAAAGAAAAUAUAAUUAAUAAGAUCUUAAAAAUUAAUCUUUUCAUUCCAUGUCGGGUUCAUAAGAGAUCAAUAAGUAAACCACUUUGGACAAAUCUAAUUAGGUUUAACAUUAGGUGAUUUCAAAAUAAAAAUCAACUGUCUAAACACCAAAAAGCGACUCUUCUAUACUAAAACAAGUAUAAUAAAUUGAAGUGAAAAGUGUAAAAUCUAAUUAGUAGAGUUAAAAAACGGAUAAAGUCAAAAUGAAAAAUAGUAUAAUAAAUUAAACGUAAUAAAAUUAAUCUUAGAAAUCGUAUAGUUAGAGACUAAAAUCAGAAGAAGAGAGAAAAUCAAAUUAUUAUUCAGAAGAAAGAAAAAUAUAAGAUAAAGAUGAAAGAAGUAGAUAUUCAGAAGAAAGGAAAUCAGAUAGAUAAAAGUCUAAAGCCAAAAAUUAGGAGACAAAUCAAAGAAUCAUAAUGAAACCCUAAAAUUUCAAAAGAGCUGGUAGUUUUAAAAAUCCAAAUAUCCCAAAAUAAGAAAAUUAAUAACAACCAAAAUUAAGAGCUUCAUCAUCAGGAAAAAGAGUUUAAGAAGAAAAGCCACUAAAUCUGAAUAAAAUAACACUCCCUAAAAAAUUGGUUGCAUCAAAUGAUAAAUUAGAUAAAGGUGAUUUAUUUAAAGUAAUGGAAUCUGAAAAGAAAUAUCUACAGGAAUAAUAGAUAAAUGAGGUUAAUAAAAAUCAAUCAAGUUUAAAUAAUUUCACAGAAUAGCAUUCUGAUAAAAUGAAUCAUCACGCAGUGAAUAAUGAUGAUAAACUAAAUGAGGAUUCGCAAAUUGGCAAGGAAAUUAGUUAGGAUCUUCUUAUCAAUAAAAUAGUUAUUUUAUCUGAGAAUUCUCAUAGCAAUCAAAUAGAUACACUUAAAGAGGAUCUAAAUAUUAUAUAAAAUAAUAACCCAAAUGAAAAUUUAUCUAUUCAUAUAGAUGUUAAAAAGGAUCGACAGAUUAUGGAUGAUAAAAUAGUUGAGAAUCCACAAAUUAUUAAGGAGGAUCAAAAAAGUUAAGAUCUUUCUAAUAACAAGCUAGAUCGAAUAGAUGAAGAUUCUAAUAGCAAUAAAAAUGAUAAACCACUUUAAGACCAAGUCAUAAUGUAAAUUGAUAAACAAAAUGAAAGUAAACUUAGCAAUAAUGAUAAUGCAAUAAAUGAUGAGGUAAUUGGUUCAAAAGACAUUGAUCAAAAUAUGGAAUUUAUUGAAUAGCCUGUCAAUCAAGGUCUAUUGAAUAUAAAUGUAAUAGUAAUAUUAAAUAAAGGAUCCUCACAAGAAUGAAAAGGAGAAAGAACAAAAUAUGGUUGGAUCUGGAAAAUAAAUCAGUAUAAUGUAAAACUCAACGCCAAUGUAGUUGUAAUAUUAGAAGGGAGUUUCUUAAAUUCAAUCAACAAAUUCAUUGUUAAUAAAAUAAGAAUCCAAUUUUUUGAAGGAUUCUUUAUUGACUGAAAGUCUAGCAGAAUCACAGUUUAAGGAAACUAAGGGAUUAGACAAAUAAUUAUUAAGUUCUUAAUUAAAUGAACAAGACUCAAUAAACUUAUCGGAAUCAUAAGUAACUCUAAAAUCAGCAAUAUAAUAGAGUUAGCUCUGGUAAAAAUUAUAGUGA